GACAUAAUCGUUUCUUUCUUCUUGUGUUUGAGGUUAUCUUUGUAAAAGUUCUAAAUUCCGUCUCAAUAUCAAUUUUGUUAACCAGAAUAAAAAAUAUUCUGAUACUUGAUUAGCAUUUUACAUUACUAACUUUCAAUUGUAGACGUUCAUCAUGUUUUUGGGGCGCAGGGUACCCCAAAUAUUGCAACAAGCAACUGGAAUACAGCAAACCUUAUUAAGAUAUAAUUCACAAAAAUCAGAGAAAACAAUCAACCAAGUUACACUACUGGGCCGAGUCGGAGCUGAUCCACAGAAACGUGGUUCAGAGGAACAUCCAGUCAUAAACUUUCCAUUAGCCACUCAUUACAGUUACAAAUAUGAAUCCGGUGACAUGCUGCAAAGAACUGACUGGCAUAGAAUAAGUAUUUUCAAACCUGGCUUAAGAGACACAGUGUAUAAAUACUUAAAGAAAGGCCAAAGAGUUUACAUUACUGGUAAAUUAUCAUAUGGAGAAGUCAAAAUGGAUGAUGGUCAAGUCAGAUCUGCCUCAACAAUCAUAGCGGAUGAUGUAAUAUUCUUCCAAAAUGUGCCAGAACAAUAAUAAUGUGCAACUAUUGUCUUAAAAUGGUUAACUCAUAAAUGUUUAAGUUUUCGUAGUUUAUAAGGAUAAUAUUUUUAACUAUAGUUUCUUAAUAAAAGUAGGUUUGAAAAUA